AUGCGCUUUCCUACCCUGCUCAGCUUUGCCUUUCUGUCGCUCAUUUCGCCGCUCACCGCUGCUGCUCACGGCCGUUCGCACCGCGACGUGCAUCGACGACACGAUUCCCUGGCCCAUCGUCCCCGUGGCGAUCUAGUUCGUCGCCAGUCGUACAGUAAUGCUCGCUUCACUUACUAUGCUGUUGGGCUGGGUGGGUGCGGAGAAACUAGCACGCCAAACCAAUUCGUUGUAGCGCUUGACGCAGAUUUGUAUGGCGAUGUCUCUCCCAGCCCGGAGUGCUUCAAGACCAUCACUAUCACAGCUAAUGGCAAAACAACCACAGCGACUAUAGUAGAUAAGUGUCCUGGUUGUCCGUCCGGGGGACUUGACAUGUCCAAUAGUCUCUUCGAGUAUUUCGCCGACCUCAGCGUUGGUGUACUAACUGGCUCAUGGUCCUAUGGAUCCGGUGGUGGUGCUGCCCCCGCGCCGACGACUUCGUCAACCCCUCCCCUGCUGCCCACCACUAUGUGGACACCCACCACGACUUCAACACCAUGGACUCCUACCACGACUUCUACGCCUCCGCCUCCUCCGCCUCCCCCAACUACGACGUCCUCGACGCCUCCCCCUCCUCCGACCACGACGACGAGCAGCACGCCAACCACAAGCAGCAGCUCCUCGACUUCUAGCAGCUCUCCCACAAGCAGCAGUCCUUCGUCCACCGCUUCAUCUACUGGCACCUCAAGCUCGAGCUCCCUCACGUCGAGUGGAACAUCUUCUGCCCCGACCUCGACGCCCACUGGUUCGUCGAGCACCACAAGUGGAACUACUCUUGAAGACUUUAACCAGGCGCUGCUCGGUCUGGCUGGGCUGAUGAUCGCUGGCGCAGAGGCACAGUAG